CCCCGGCCGCCGCGUCCGCGGCUCGGCCGCACAGCGCCCGCUCCGGGUUCCGGCGGCAGCACCUGGGCCGCGGCUGGCGUGCGGCGGGGGCAGGCUGCCCGCCCCGCUCGGCGAUGAGCACGGCCGGCGCUCCGGGCGCGCUGCCCGCGGGGACUCCUGUGAGCAGUCUCCAUGAGGCCUUAGACCAGUGCAUGACCGCCCUGGACCUCUUUCUCACCAACCAGUUCUCAGAAGCACUCAGCUACCUCAAGCCCAGAACCAAGGAGAGCAUGUACCACUCGCUGACAUACGCCACCAUCCUGGAGAUGCAGGCCAUGAUGACCUUUGACCCCCAGGACAUCCUACUGGCUGGCAACAUGAUGAAGGAGGCGCAGUCGCUCUGUCAGAGGCACCGGAGGAAGUCCUCUGUAACCGACUCCUUCAGCAGCCUGGUGCACCGGCCCACCCUGGACCAGUUCACGGAAGAGGAGAUCCACGCUGAGGUCUGCUACGCCGAGUGCCUGCUACAGAGAGCAGCCCUGACCUUCCUGCAGGACGAGAACAUGGUGAGCUUCAUCAAGGGCGGCAUCAAAGUGCGAAACAGCUACCAGACCUACAAGGAGCUGGACAGCCUCGUGCAGUCCUCGCAGUACUGCAGGGGGGAGAACCACGGGCACUUUGAAGGAGGGGUGAAGCUUGGCGUGGGAGCCUUCAACCUGACGCUGUCCAUGCUUCCUACUCGGAUCCUGCGGCUGCUGGAGUUCGUGGGGUUUUCAGGGAACAAGGACUAUGGGCUGCUGCAGCUGGAGGAGGGGGCGGCGGGGCACAGCUUCCGCGCUGUUCUCUGUGUCAUGCUGCUGCUCUGCUACCACACCUUCCUCACCUUCGUGCUCGGCACUGGGAACGUCAACAUCGAGGAGGCAGAGAAGCUCUUGAAGCCCUACCUGAAGCGAUACCCAAAGGGCGCCAUCUUCCUGUUCUUUGCGGGGCGGAUCGAAGCUAUUAAAGGCAACAUCGACGUGGCCAUCCGGAGGUUCGAGGAGUGCUGUGAGGCCCAGCAGCACUGGAAGCAGUUCCAUCACAUGUGCUACUGGGAGCUGAUGUGGUGCUUCACCUAUAAGGGCCAGUGGAAGAUGUCUUACUUCUACGCAGACCUGCUCAGCAAGGAGAACUCCUGGUCCAAGGCCACCUACAUCUACAUGAAAGCCGCCUACCUCAGCAUGUUCGAGAAGGACGACCACAAGCCAUUCGGGGAUGACGAAGUGGAGUUGUUUCGAGCUGUGCCAGGCCUGAAGCUCAAGAUCGCUGGGAAAUCUCUACCCACAGAGAAGUUUGCCAUCCGGAAGUCCAGACGCUACCUCUCCCCCAAACCUAUCUCAUUGCCAAUUCCUGCUCUGGAAAUGAUGUACAUUUGGAAUGGCUACGCUGUGAUUGGGAAGCAGCCGGAACUCACAGACGGCAUACUUGAGAUUAUCACCAAGGCUGAAGAGAUGCUGGAAGAGGGCCCAGAGAAUGAGUACUCCGUGGAUGACGAGUGCCUGGUGAAGCUGCUGAAAGGCCUGUGUCUCAAAUACCUGGGCCGCGUCCAGGAGGCAGAGGAGAAUUUCAGGAGCAUCUUUGCCAAUGAAAAGAAGAUUAAAUAUGAUCACUACCUGAUCCCAAAUGCCCUGCUGGAGCUGGCCCUGCUGUUCAUGGAGCAAGGCAGAAACGAAGAGGCCGUAAAACUCCUGGAAACUGCCAAGCAGAACUAUAAGAAUUAUUCCAUGGAGUCAAGGACACAUUUUCGAAUCCAGGCAGCCACACUCCAAGCCAAGUCUUCCUUAGAGAAUGGCAACAGGUCCAUGGUCUCGUCAGUGUCCCUGUAGUUUCCGGACGGAGCUCCUGGAAAGGUUUCAAAAAGAUCCCCUCCCCCUGCCUUUAGGGUCCACCGGUGCUCCAGUGGGAUGGCACGACAUAGGUAUGGGUGCAGAAGCCAAGCCGGCAUUUUCACCAGUGUGGCCAAGGGCAUUUGCGAAGGCCAGACUAGGUGGGGCCCUCUGCUUGCCCUGCCCUGUAUACGGGUACUUGUUUCACUGUGAUGUUUAAGAGAAUGUAUGAAGUGUUUACAUUUUCCUUAGAAAUACACUGAUGGGAUCAAAGCUGGCUUUUAAAAAACCACCAACUAGCCACAUGUAAAUCAUUGUUUUAACCCAUACUGAUGUGGGGGUAAAUUUAUAUGAUGCCAAAGGCCAAAGUGCUGUUCAGACUUCAGGGAGGGUUCUGCUUCCAGGGCUGGAAGGCCCCAGGGGAGGAUCUGCACGACCGGCUUUGAGGCUUCUGGGGCGUCAAGUAAGAGGUUUCACACACACUCCUGCUACCUUACCAUCUUCCUUCUUAUGCUUCAUUUUCACUUCCUUUUAACUAACUUUACAAUUUAAAAAAAAAAUCAAACAUGUCUUUUUAGUGAGAUAAUUGAGUCCAUCUGUAGAAAAAAAAAUCAGUCUCCACUAGUAAGGAAUGGUGAUUCCAGGGCCUGACAGAAGGGGAACCCUGAGUGAGACUCUUUCUGUGCCAAAGCCAAGAAGUUUGGCAGGUAGUUUCUCAGACACCAGUCUGCAUCCUUGCUGUGUGCCGAACUGAAACCACUGGGAUUCAUUUAUAAACAAACAUAAAACUCUUCCGUACUUCACUUGGAGGUACAUUUAUUUACAGACAGCAUUUUUUCUUAGAAUGGUUAUUCUUGGCCUAUUGCAUAUGUUUUAGAUUUAAGUAAAAAGAGAUAUUUAAGUAAUAAAACUUCUACACUUAAGAGA